AUGGCGGACAAGUAUAACAUGAAGAAUCCCGCCGUCAAGCGGAUUCUCCAAGAGGUCAAAGAAAUGCAAUCGAACCCUUCUGAUGAUUUCAUGAGCUUGCCUCUCGAGGAAAAUAUAUUUGAAUGGCAGUUUGCAAUUAGGGGACCUGGUGAAACUGAAUUUGAAGGUGGGAUUUAUCAUGGAAGGAUUCAAUUGCCUGCUGAAUAUCCAUUCAAACCUCCUUCCUUUAUGUUGCUGACUCCUAAUGGUCGUUUUGAGACCCAAACCAAGAUUUGCUUGAGCAUAUCAAAUCAUCACCCUGAGCAUUGGCAACCAUCAUGGAGUGUAAGGACCGCUCUAGUUGCACUGAUUGCAUUCAUGCCCACCAGCCCAAAUGGUGCAUUAGGCUCAUUAGACUACAAAAAAGAAGAUAGGCGUGCCUUGGCCAUUAAAUCUCGUGAAGCAUCUCCAAAAUUUGGGACUCCUGAGCGUCAAAAACUGAUUGAUGAGAUUCAUGACUAUAUGCUAAGCAAAGCAAACCCAGUUCCUCAACCUAGCCCUUCACAGGCUUCUGAAGAACCCAAAAAGGAAGAAGCCCAGACUUUAGUUACUUUGCCAAAUCCUGAGGCUCUACUUGCAGGGGAGGGGAUUCCAGAUGAAGCAGGUGACAAAAUAGUUGAAGAACAAGAAGUCCCUGUCAUUGCUAAUCCUAACCCUGCAGGAGUUGAAGCGUCAAAUGAGAUUCAACCCGAAGUAGUCCCAACGAAUCAGUUGCCCCCAAAGUCAGAGACAAGGGUUCAAAAUCUGAAACCAGAGACAAGGGUUCAAAAACCUGAUGACCGAUUGUUCACACUGGCAGCUAUUGGACUUGCUAUAGCAAUUAUGGUUCUUCUGCUGAAGAAAUUCAUUAAAUCUACAGAACAUGGAGCAGUUUUUAUGAAUGAAUCUUAG